CUGUGCGGACGCGUUUAUACCGGCUAUUGCGGUACCGCUAACUGCCGCUAUUGUGUUGUGUUCUGUACUGGUUCCGUUUUUUUUUCCCCCCACCGACUCUAUUUCUUGUUUGUGUUAGUGUUUGUGGUGGUUGUCAAUUGCAUUAAUUCUAUAUAUGUAUAUAUAUAUAUAUAUAUAUGGCAAAAUAAUAAUCUUAUCGCCAGCAUGAGCCGAAGCACAAGUUAUUACUGAGUGCGGCCUUAACAUUGAAUUACCAAGAACAGCAACAAAUCACUGAGCCAACAAGCUGCUCGCAAACAGACCGACUGAGACUGAGAGAUAGAAAGACAACGAGAGAGCAGGAAUAAGAAGAAGAAUAUGCCAGUGAAGUCGGUGUCGCGGCAACAGAGCCAAACGCCCGCUCAGCAGCUGCAGCAGCAGCAGCAGCGUGACGUAGAAAAUGGCAUCUAUCCAAAUAUACCCGCAGAGCGGCGAUCGCCGGUGCGUCCAUUAAGGCCGCCAACUCUGCGCCAAGACACCGUUGACAUGGAGGAGAUACCGCUGAACCAAGUCAAUGUCCAGCAGGAGUCAGAGGAUCGUCAGAGAAUGCGUGAAGUAUUCGACAAGCACGACUCGGACAGAGAUGGGCUGAUCAACACGCACGAGCUGAAGGGUCUGAUUUCGGAUGGAUAUUGCCGCGACAUACCUGCCUACAUUGCAGAGCAGAUACUGCGCCGCAGUGAUACGGACAACGAUGGACAUCUGGACUUUGAGGAGUUCUAUGUGAUGUCGCAGCACCACAAGUGGAUGAUGCGCAAUCUGUUGACCCGCUAUUGCCGGUAUAUAGUGCCGCCGCCAAAGCCGCUCGAGGGCGACGAGCCGGAUGGUGCGUACGAGAAACAAAUGUCACUCUGCCCGCCACCGCUGACCAUGGUCAUCUUCUCCAUAAUUGAGAUCAUCAUGUUUCUCGUCGAUGUGAUUUACUUUCAGGACGAUCCGAACCACAAUCAGCGCUUGGGCGAGAGCACCAACGGACCAGCGGCGACGCUCUUCAUUUACAAUCCGUACAAGCGGUACGAGGCGUGGCGCUUCGUUAGCUACAUGUUUGUCCACGUGGGCAUCACGCAUCUCUUGAUGAAUCUGAUCAUACAAAUCUUUCUCGGCAUUGCCCUCGAGCUGGUGCAUCACUGGUGGCGUGUGGCGCUCGUCUAUUUGGCUGGCGUACUCGCUGGCUCCAUGGGCACCUCGCUGACCAGUCCGCGCAUCUUUCUGGCCGGCGCGUCCGGCGGUGUCUAUGCCCUAAUCACGGCUCACAUUGCCACAAUCAUUAUGAACUACUCGGAAAUGGAGUACGCGAUUGUGCAGCUGCUUUUCUUCCUCGUGUUCUGCUUCACCGAUCUGGGCACAUCCGUGUAUCGCCAUCUAACUGAUCAGCACGAUCAGAUUGGGUAUGUGGCGCACUUGUCGGGUGCCGUCGCUGGACUCCUGGUUGGCAUUGGUGUGCUGCGCAAUUUGGAGGUGCGUAGCUGGGAGCGCGUUCUCUGGUGGAUCGCUGUCAUCUUCUACUUUGCACUCAUGACCACUGGCAUCAUUGUGCACAUCUUUGUGCCCGACUACUUUCCCAAGCCCGAAUACAACUGAUCGCCAUCGAGAUGAUAUUUUCAGGCCAAUGACAAAUUAGCUUUAAGUCGCUCACAUAGUCCAUAACCAUGGCCUUGGCCUUAGCCUUGGCCUUAAGUUGUCUAUGAUGUCUAAAGUCCAAAGUGCACUUGAUCUAGGCCAUUCAUUUAGUUAAGUUCAACGAGAGUUUCUUUAUAUUUAUAUAUGUAUUUCGAAGGGUUUGCCAGCAGCGCAACUCGAAGAGGCAGCUUAUUAUUUAUACCCUGUACCCUGUACCCUAUACCAUAUCUUGUCUUUUGACUCCUGAGAACACUCUGCGCUACCACAAUGUGCUUACUCUUAAUCAAAACAUGACGCAACGCAAAUAGUAUUAAACACAUUCAUCGAGUACAAUAAUAAGCCACACAAAACAGAUUCGUAUAUGCACUCGACAUGAUAUUCGGCUAGCAAUGAUGGCCAAGAAAUCCACCCCUUUAGUAUGCAGCUGGUAACAUAUGAUGAGCAUUAAAGAGUGGUUUGCCGGAAGGGAGCGGCGAAAAAGGCCAUAAUAAACCUUAUCAUCCCCAAUUUUGUACAUUUUGUAAAACGAUGACUAUUUGGUGGCCUCGUAGCUAUUACCCAACUUUAUAUCUAUACAUAUAUUUUUGUAAAAUGUAUAUUAUAUAAACAUAUACUAUUUGCAGUGUGCACUGUCCAAUAGUCAGUCCACCCAGCCUCGACCUCAACCCACCUCUCCAUGCAAAAUAUAGUACAUAUGUACCACUAAGCAGACAAUACAUCGAGACAAUUAGACAGUCCAGUCUGCUUUGUGAUAAUACGCACGCACAAAAAAUAGAACAACACAAACACGCCUUUUGAUACGAAACUGUGCAUUUCACCAGACGGGCUUCGAGUGCAUUAAUUAUCUUAAUGUAAUUCGGGUAGGAACUUUGAGUUUAAGUUGAGUUCGAACAAGUAGGGGACUUGUCAGGUCCAAAGCUUUUGUGAGUGUUCAAUUUGUAAGUUCGUUCCGUUGAGUGCAAUGCCUUAUGCCUCGGCUUAUAUUACUUCUUAAUAUAACACUGUGUUUUUCAUUUCAAGAAACACAAAAUGUGUAAGCAUAAAUGAUGUAUUUUCAUUAUUAUUAUUAGAUUAAGAAAUAUUUAUAUAUUUCUAUGUAUUUAUAUGAUAAAAUAAAACAAUUUUUUACAUAAAAA